AUGAUGGGCAAUUAUAUCUUCAGUCACUUCUAUAAUGCAGCCAUUGCCAGCACCAAACUCGCGGUGUUGGCGCUGUACUAUCGCAUCUUCGUGACCUUAAAGUUUCGCAUUGUCGUCCUCACCACAGCUGUCUUUGUGAUUCUGUGGCUAAUGACGAUGGAAAUCCUCCUGGGCCUGCAAUGUCGGCCCAUCUCGCGAUUCUGGGACCCGGAUGUGCCUGGAAAAUGCCUCAACCUCGUGGAAUUCACCUACUUCACCAACGUCAUCAACCUGGUUACCGAUAUCUGGAUAUUUUCCCUGCCUUUGCCAGUCAUUUUCAAGCUUCAGAUGUCUCGUAAUCGGAAAAUUGCUCUCAGUUUUCUUUUCUCUAUUGGAUUGGCGACGUGUGCCAUUAGUGCUGCCCGUCUUUCUGUCGUAAUCACGCAGGGUUCGUCCGAUUUUACAUGGGCUGGGGUGCCAUUGGGGAUCCUCUCCGCCUGGGAGCCGCUAGGCGGAAUCUUCUGUGCCAAUCUGCCCAUCAUCUAUCGCGCAGUAGUGACCAUGCUUCGGAACCUCAAGGGGUCUGUGUCUGGACAGCCUUCUCGUAUGGGCGACCCGAAUUCGCAGCCCUAUCGGGACGCAGAGCAAUCCCAUCGACCUUGGGCCACCCUCUACAACGGGAGCGGCGCGCGGAUGGACUACCACUCGGAAGCCUCUGCCACCAAAGCGCGCGGUGAGGUUACAGAGUUGCGGUCGAUAAGUGGCAAUGCCAUUCAAGUGGACCAGUAUUUCGAGCAGCAGGUCUAUCAUGAAGGCGAGGAGACCCCGUUGCGUCCGGUACCGAAGGGAAGCUCGUAG